CAGUCGGGUCUCUGUGACGCGCGCAGAUCAGAGCCCUUCUCGAUCCUCCGCUCCACUCUCACUCUCUGUCUUCUCGGCAGCCCGCUACCCCCUGACCCCGCGAGUUGUGCUGCCGUCCUCGACGAGUCGCCAGCAGCAUGGAGCCUCAGUCGGAACAGCCCAGGAGGAUCAACGCGAAUGAAAAGAGUUAUAUCCUCGACGCGAGGAAGCCCUUCGAAGACGGAGGCAGCCUCGGCUCCGAGGAAUCCUUCGACGACAUGAGGCGUCUCGUCAGGGAAGAGGACGAGGACUCGGGCAAGUUCAGCAGCCUUCCCCUGGCCAGCUUUAACUUCAUCAACUCCAUUAUAGGCAGCGGCGUGAUCGGUAUACCGUACGCGCUCCACCAAGCGGGCUUCGGCCUGGGCAUGUUUCUGCUGAUAAUCGUGGCGGUGCUGACGGACUACUCGCUGAUCCUGAUGGUGAGGAGCGGCCACUUGUGCGGCGAGAUGAGCUACCAGGGCCUGAUGCGCGCCAGCUUCGGACGUCCCGGCUUCUACAUCCUGACGGCGCUGCAGUUCGUCUACCCUUUCAUAGCGAUGGUGUCGUACAACGUGGUGGUGGGCGACACAGUGACGAAGGUGCUGAUACGCGUGACGGGACUGGAGCCCGACAGCUUCCUCGUCAGGCGGGAGGUGGUCAUCCUGCUGGCCACGCUGCUGGUCGUCAUCCCGCUCUGCCUCUACCGCAACGUGGCCAAGCUCGCCAAGAUCUCCUUCCUCUCGCUCGUCUGCGUGGGCUUCAUCCUGCUGGCCAUCUUCAUCCGGAUGGACUCGAUGUCGUCGAUCGUGCCGAGUCAACCGGGCAGCUGGCAAUUCGGCCACGUGUCGGGAGUCGUGCCGGCGGUGGGCAUCAUGGCCUUCGCCUUCAUGUGCCACCACAACACCUUCCUGAUCUACGGCUCGAUCGAGCGCGCCACCCAGGACAAGUGGGACGUGGUCACGCACUGGUCGCUCUUCACCUCCUUCCUCAUCGCCGCGGCCUUCGGCGUGGCCGGCUACGCCACCUUCACCGGCUACGUGCAGGGCGACCUCAUGGAGAACUACUGCUGGAACGACGACCUGAUGAACCUGUCGAGGAUCAUGUUCAGCGGCACCAUUCUGCUCACCUUUCCCAUCGAGUGCUUCGUCACUCGCGAGGUGAUCAUGACGGCGCUGCGAGGCACCGACGAGGUGGAAAACCACGACGCCUACAUCGCGGGCACGGACCGCAAGUACCUGAUCAUCACCAUGGGCAUCAUAGUGACCACCUACCUGAUCUCCAUGUCGACCGACUGCCUGGGCAUCGUGCUCGAGCUGAACGGAAUUCUGGCCGCGGUGCCACUGGCCUACGUGCUGCCGGCGCUGUGCUACCUGAAGCUCGAGGAGGGCCCGCUGCUGUGUCACCGCAAGCUGCCGGCCUUGGGUCUGCUGCUCGCUGGCUUGUUCGCCGCCGUCUCCGGCUUCCUGCUCAUUGCCUUCGGCGACUCGGCGUCAGCCUCUUGCGUCCACGGCGGCGUCAUGUCCUAUUGCCUCGGCCCCAACGAGACCGUCACCAGCACCGCCGCGCCCCUCGUCCACACGACCUCGUCCCUCCCCAGCACCAUCGCCGACGCCCUGCUCGACAAUCUCGCCAACAAGCCCAGAUAAGCCAGCGAUCGCACGACUUACUUGGUUGACGGGGCUUGUCCCUCGCCGAUCGCCCUUGCCAAAGCUGUCUCAGGUGCUGCCCCGUUUUCCGUUCGCCUCCUCUUCGACUUUAAGACUCGCGCGCUCGCCCCCUCUCGGUUGUCGUCUCGCUGACUCGUCGCGGUGCGCUCUCGUCCUCUUUCAUUUGCAUUUCAAUGUCUAAUUUGUCGAUUGCCAAGGCACCAUUCGAUUGUUAUUCCUCAGUACAAACUAUCUGUAAGUCAAACAUGAAAGUAAGCAACGAGGGUAUCAAUGUCGUUUGACCUUUUCAACAUUGUUCAAGUACCCACAGAAUCUAGCCCAUCUCGAAUUCGAACCUAGCACGAUGCGAAGGUUGCACAGAACAGAAAACCGUCGCUUGCUUUUGCUUGCUUUUGCUUGCUUUUGCUUGCUUUUGCUUGCUUUGCACUUAUUUAGUAAUUUCACGAUGGAUAGCUCGACCGAGUGCGCAAGUGGGCACGAUACAAUCAUGAGACGAAAGUCGAAACAACGCACUUGCAAUUCCCGUACAAUCUAUAUAACAGGUAAAUUGAGUCAUUCGAGACGUUCAUCAAAUAAUUUGUGACGGACAAUAUUUUUCGUGUCAAAGUAACGUUUAUAUACUCUUAAAUGCUUCCGCGAUACUUUUGUAGAUGCUCUUUUUCGAUAAUUUUUUCCUAUUACUAUUCACGAGAUAAAAUCAAAUGUGUUCGAUUAUAAGAGCGCGCAAAAAGAAUAAAGAAUGAGAAAGAAAAAUAAUAAGAAACGAAGGGAGGACCAUUGAGUAAAUGCGUGUAGGUAUAAGACGAUUAUUUGAGAAAACGUUGAUCGGGUUUGGAAUUGUUGGAACUUGUGUUACAAGGUAUUUGUUACGAGAAUUUAACGCAUAAUAAUAUUUAUAGCCACAAAGUUGUUUCUUCCUCGUCUGUCUGGAUUCUCUUUGACCAAAUAGAAACUAUUUUUCUGACAAUAGAAUCCAGACAAUGUAAUCAAGAGCACUUACAAUGACUGUCUAGCCAGAAAAGUAAUGUAUCGAUGGACUUUUCAAGUGUGAUUACGAUGACCAUAAGAGACCACGCAAAGAAAGUACCUAGAGUAUAGUAAUGAAUAUUGAAUAUUUCCAGUUUCCAACACAUUUUUCGAUAAAUCAAUUUUAACUAUUUCUCGGUGUCGAUAUCGAUAAGCCUAAUAUUGUAAUCUUGCAUAUUUAAAAUCAAAGAACUUAUAUAGGAUAUAUUUACAAUCUCCAAGGAAGUAGGCAAAAGUGUGUUUUAAAUCAUGAACUUGCACUUUGUUGUCUGACAAAUUUCGAAAAUUCAUUUGGUUCCAAAAUUACAAGUUUGAAAUCUAUACUAUAGUCAUUAGAACAAGUUCGAACAAUCAAAUUUUGAUGUACAGUUGAUACAAAGCGCGGAAUAAACGUUCCUCUAAAUCAAAAUAUAUUGUUGUAAUUGAAAGCGGCAAAAGGUAUAUUUGAAAAAGAACAAAGGUUCGUAAUUGUAAUAGAAAAUAAGCGAGUUUGCUGAUAAAACUUGAUUUCGAGUCCAGUGUAAAAACAAACGUUGUUGCACCGUCAGACAAACUCUUUUGUCCGCGAUGAUUUGUCUAUGUAAACCAACUGGUUUUUAUCUGUGAUUUCAUUUAUUUUUUGAGCAUAUUGAUACAAAUACGAAAUACAGUAUAUGGUAAUUGAGUAAUAAAAUAAUUUAUAUUUCAUAAUGGCAUAACGGCUUAGAAUGUGUUAGUACGCAGUCGCAAUAGAACUAUUUUGUGGAUGAAACAGAUGUAAAUAAUUCUAUAUUAUGUACGUGUACGUAAUAUGUAAUAAUAAAAAGCAUGGGAAGAAAGCCACAGACGACGAGCCUAACUACGAAACACACACCGACAAAUGUACAUAGAAAUGUAUAUUUAUUAUAUUUGACUCUUGAAAAAUGUAUUGCAACGUUGCAGCAAAGUAUAUGCGAAUAAAGAGGAUUAUUCGAUAGGGCAUACCGGUGACUUUGGAAGCGUAUUACUGUAGUUGCAUGGUCAGACGACUAAAGCUUAUACCAACAGCGUUAAUUAAUAACAUUGAAAUGGCCAGACCAUUUUACUCUGUGAUAGUUAAUCUGGAUUUAAUGCGAAUUGUGCAAUGAAAAUGGCUAUAACGGUGUACAUUGAUGUAAGUUUACCUAAUACAAGGUACGACGUGUAAAUAAU